AUGUCGGCGAAUUCUACGUCAGGAUUCGUGUCGUGUUGCUGGCUUAAAGGUUCGUCUGCUUGCGAGAGCCCAGUGGUGUUUACGGUGAAGGACAAAAAGUACAUCUUGAGGAAAAUGAGAAGGACAGAUUAUGAAGCUGCACGCGACCUGCUUCCCCUCGUCAGCCGCUGUCAGCAACAACUAACGGAAGCAGACCUAUCCAUUAUAUUAGAGCAGCCAACUUAUUUGCCCUUCUGCUGCUUCGCUGCUGCUCCAGAUAUGGGUGCUACCCACACCGCUGCAGCUUCUCCAGAAGCUUCUUGUGUUGGAUCUAACGGCUGCGAUGAAGCAGCUAGAGCAAACGCGCGCAAUACCGAUUCCGUUCCAUCUGAGGGGCCUCUGUGCGGCUUCUGCGAGGUGUACAUACAGCCCCACUUGGGAAGAGCAGCCGACGGACGGCUAGAGCGGGUGGUUAUACACCCCAGCUUCCGCGGACAGGGUUUAGGAACCCAAAUGUGUCGUUUGGUGUUGCAAAUGGCGCAGCAGCAGCUGAGUUUAGGCAGAAUUGACUUGACUGUUGAAAAAGACGACGCCAGACACAUUUACACAAAGCUGGGAUUCGAACCCGUGCCCACGGAAACCCUCAGGCUUAGCUUCUGA